AUGAGAAACAUGCGUUUGAUUUAUGUAGCUGUGUUUUAUUUUUUUGGUUUUGUUACAGGAGUACGUAUUUCCAACCUCAAUGACUCCUGUAUAAGGUGCCUCUGUUAUGUUGCAGGCUGCGAUUUGUCACACGGGUGCUCUCAGGGCUACUGCGGACCUUUCUACAUAUCCAGGGUAUACUGGGUUGACGCUGGAAAGCCGACGUUACCUGAGGAUAACCCAGAAAGAAAAGAAGCUUUCGAAGAUUGCGCGAGGGACUAUCACUGUUCAGUGAAAAUCGUCGAAAAUUAUAUGGCGCGAUUUGGAAAGGAUUGCAACAAAGAUGGCAUAACGAAUUGUUUCGACUAUAUGAUGAUCAAUCACCAUGGAGGCGGCGCGUGCACUGAACCCCUAUACCUCACACAACUUGGACGUAGGCGUUUGCAACUGUACCAGCAAUGUCGUCUGUAG